AUGCAAUACUUCUCCCUCUCGCUCCUCGUACCGAUAGCCUAUCUUGGCAUCCUGAUCGGGUCGAUGGCCACGUUCUCUCACCUCUACCGCCAGCGACAAGUGAACUCGAAACUACGACUUGCCCCUUACUUCGACGCACACACGAGCCGCGACAUCUACCUGUCCCUCCUGCACAUGCAAGACGAGACCAAAGUGCCCGAGUCCAUCCUCCGAGCAGCACUCCUGGCGCGCGCUGUCGAGGACAUCCAGCGCAUCAUGGAGGUGCGGAGGCGGAAACCGGCAUUAGCGACGCUGCUGCAGCGGGGCGUGGUGGGCGACGAGAUCUUCCAGCGCCUACAGCGCGCGGACCAGGAGCUGCAACUGGAAGUGAAAGACGUGGUUGCUGAGGCCAAUGCGCUCGCGCCGAAUUGGGGCCAAAUUAUCUUUCAGAGCGCGAACGAGAUGGUGCAGAAUAAUAUGCUACGCGACAAGUUGGAAGAGAUCAAGGCCACUUUGCCCGCGGAGAAGGCGGCGUGGGAGGCGCAGAGGGAGAAGUCAAGAAGAGAAUUGGAGGGUGAGGGGAUGGCGAACGAAACAGAACAACCGUCAGCGACGCUGGAGAAGACUACGAAGUCGGGGAGCAGUGAUGAAGAUGGUGUUAUUGUUGAACCCCCUACCGCUGAAGUUGUUGUUUCAGGCGGCGGGAGUGGAGGCGGAAAGAAUAAGAAGAAGAAAGGGAAGAAAUAA